ACCCCCAUAAGCUCAGCAAUGGUAUGUUUCGGAUGAUCCAUAAGGUGGCAUGGUUCACUGGUUUCAAGUUUUGGCAGGCAAUGACUUAUGAUGUCCAUGUCUCAUGCAGGAACAUACUUUGGAUCUUCUUCUGCUUCUAUGCUUUUUCCCAUUUUGAUGAGACCAUGGACAACGAAGCUCGCUCGGUGACUCUGCGUCAUACGUCAAAACAACACGGUGCAUAUGUCUGCGUCUCCAUCACUUUCGUGGCUGCGACGGUCAGUUUGCUUUUGAGGUUUGCUGCUCAUCAGAUUACGAAGGCCCCACUCUGGUACGAUGACCUGUUCAUCAUCCUCGCUUUCUUCUGCGCGAUGGUGUGGUCAUCUUUGAUGAUUUAUUGGCUUCAAAAUGGUCUCGGUCUUUUCCUCAACGAGAUCGACUUAUCAGUGGAAGAGGCAUUAGAGCUCUCAAAAGUAGUGCAUUGGAAUGGCGAGAUAGUAUACGCGUGCUCCUUAGCCUUUUCGAAACUCGCAAUGUUGGGAUUCUACUGGCGCAUGUUCAAGAUGUCACGUCUCAGAGUACCAAUACAAAUUCUGGCGCUGGCUACGGUUGCGUGGAUCGCGGUUCGAACAUCCAUAGCCAUUUUUCACUGCGUACCAGUUGAAAAGUUCUGGCGCCCGUCCAUAAAUGGAUACUGCCCCGUCAACGACACCGUGUUUUUCUGUGCGACCGCCAUUGUCCACCUCGUAUUCGACCUCAUCAUCUUAGCCUUACCAGCUAUCGAAGUGAGAAAGCUCCAGUUACCACGACUACAGCGUGCAGGCAUAGUGGCUAUGUUCGGGUUCGGGAUUUUUGUCUGCUUAGCAGGUGUCAUGGUCAUUGUCUGCAGUGUCAGCUACAAAGCAAACGAUAACGAACUACCCUGGACCACUGCACCUAUAUUCAUCUGGUGCACAGUGGAGAUCAACCUAGCCAUUGUUUCUGCAUGUCUCCCCAUGCUCCGACCAAUCUAUUUACUUCUACCCUCCUGCCCAUUGAUAACUCAUUCCACCCAAAAGCCUUCAUCGCACAGCAAAUAUCGCUCCCAUCGCCCCUAUUCAACCAUCACGCACAAAAUUCUGGCUAUUCGCAAGGCUCCGUCUCUGCCAAGUUCAGAAAAAGAAGAUACCUUGUCGAUACUCGCGAGACAGGCUUCUAUGGGUAGCGCGGAUCGUGUCGACGAUACAAUGGAGCGCGGAAAUAAGACAGUUGUGACAGGGCCGACAGAUAGCGAGCGAGAUGAUGCCCAAUCCCAGGAAAGGAUGGGGGGUGAGUCGGUCAAUCUGUCUGGCAGGAUUUUGGUGACAAGUGAGACGGUGGUGAAAGUGGAGCAAAUAGUGUAG